AUGCCAAUGAUUCCUCAACAGUGUGUGGAGCACUUUUCCGAGCGGUCAGCUACUGCACUGUUUGUGGAAGAGGCGGAUGAUGUGGCCGCAGUGCUUUCUGGUCUCCUGGAUGUCAUAACAAUCGAGGUUAAUGCAGUAGAAAGUGUAAGCAGAGCAGAAGAGACAUUCACAGAUGUGUUCCGUAAUGAUUGUGAAAAUCAAGCCAGUUGUGAAUCAAAUCCUUGUGCUGCCUCUUCAACAUCUGAACGAGAUGAUACUGCGGAAAGUGUUAUCGCGAUGAUUCUGGCAAAGCUAAACGACCCUCAAGCAAAACUGAACCGACGUGAACGGAGAGCACUUCAGAGGCAAUUGGAUAUUGCUAAGGGUGUCCAGAAACCUUACCCUAUUCCACAGUCGACAAAUGACGAUAUUGUCGUGGGAUCAGAGUUUAGUGAACUAACUCCGAUCGCUACCGGUGGAAGAAGUCGUGAAGGGGAUGAAGCUAUUAGGCAGAAAUGGCAGGAAAGAAGUAAGAGUUCGAGCAAGCGUCCCGUAGACGGGGGUGGAGAGUGCCAAGCACCAUUACCAAAAAUAGCAAAGGUUCAGAAUCUCGUUCCACCAGCUAUGAAGUCAGUUUUCAACGUCGGGACCGCAUCGAUGGUUCAGCGUGAUAGUGCAACGAAGCCAUUUGAAAGUACUCGAAUGAGCUAUGUGUGUCCGUCACUGCCGGCAAACAAUUUCUUGAAGCUGUGCAGGUUUUCGCCGUCUGGUUCAUUUAUAGCAACGACAUCUGCUGACAACAUGGCGAGGAUCUUCGAAUUGGACGAGGAACGAAAGAUGUCUCUGGUGGCGAAAAUCCCGCUCGGUGAUCCCAUUUAUGAUGCGAAUUGGCUCUGUGGAGGAGCUGAUAAACAACUCAUAGCAACCACCGCCAAGCAUCAUCCAAUACAUCUCUGGUGCAGCGACGGUGCACGAUAUGCAUCGUAUCGAGGAAUAAACCAUUUGGACGAGUUGAGUGCUGCGUAUUCCAUUGCAUUCUCAAAUGACGGUAGGCGGUUGUAUGGUGGCCACAACGCGAACAUCUGGAUAUGGGACACGGAUCGACCAGGUCGACAGCACACCACAAUCAAGACAUGGGAAAGGCAAACUGGUGGCCAAAAAUCCAUCAUCUCAUGUAUUGCAAUGAAUAAGUCAUUCGAUGGAGUGUACGCGGUGGCAACCUACAGUGGUAGUGUUGGCUUCUACUCCGAUCGCAGCAACUCCUUGGAAUGCAUGUUUUCAACAGAGUCAACGGCUAUCACCGAUAUGCACUAUUCGUACGAUGGCCAACGGCUGUAUGUUGCUCCACGCAAGGACGGUGAGAUACUGUGUUAUGAUAUGAGAAUGCCGGGCAACAUUUUAUUCAAGAUGCUACGCCCUUUUACGACAAAUCAAAGGACAUGCUUUGACGUGGAGAGGUGGGCCUUUAAUGUUUUCUCCACCCUUCAUGAGGACAAAUCACCUCUGGUAGCACUGUGCACGGGUGAACGGGUGUUCCCGAAACCAAGGAUUUCAAGGUCGAGUUCUUCGGGAUCAGAUUCUGACGACGACCGAAUAUAUCGCAAUAGACGUCAUGAUAAGGAACUGAAUAAUUCGCUGCAACUAUGGGCAUUUGAAGAGGCUGCAGUUCAAUAA